ACUAGUUUUUUUUUGAACAAAAAAAAAGACUAUUUUCCAAACAACUUCAAGUUCUCGGCAACGCAUUUUGGGCCGGCUCGGCCCUUGACCCAUGAGUAGCCUGAUCCGCUUGCUCUUCACCCUCGCCGCGGCCAUCGGCGCGGCCUCGCUCCUCGUCGCCUCACUCCGCCGCCGCGCGCCGCCUCCCGGGCUUCCCGCCAAGCUCGUCCCCUCCUCCCACAUGGCAGGACGCAACCGGAGUUUCGUGCUGUGGCUGCACGGCCUCGGCGACUCAGGCCCUGCCAACGAGCCCAUCCGCAACCUCUUCUCCGCCCCGGAGUUCCGGCUCGCCAAGUGGUCGUUCCCCUCCGCUCCCCGCGCCCCCGUAUCAUGCAACAAUGGUUUUGUCAUGCCGUCGUGGUUCGAUAUCCACGAGCUUCCCAUGAGCGCUGGCUCUCCGCAAGAUGAGACUGGGGUUCUCAAGGCUGUCGAAAAGGUGCACGCCAUGAUAGACAGGGAAGUAGCCGAUGGCAUCCACCCUGAGAACAUAUUUGUUUGUGGAUUCAGUCAAGGAGGUGCUCUGACAUUAGCUAGCGUUUUGCUUUAUCCGAAGAAGUUAGGUGGAGGAGCAGUGUUCAGUGGGUGGGUGCCUUUCAGUUCAUCAGUCACUGAGAGGAUUUCACCUGAAGCGAGGAAGACCCCGUUUCUUUGGUCACAUGGAAUGGCUGACAAAGUAGUAUUGUUUGAAGCUGGCCAGGCUGGUCCACCGUUUUUGCAAAGCGCUGGUGUUAACUGUGAGUUCAAGGCAUAUCCAGAUCUGGGUCAUUCGCUUUCCCAAGAAGAGCUACUUUAUCUUGAGUCGUGGAUCAAGAGUCGUCUAAAUGCCUCUCAAGAGAAGGACGGUUAACUGAUUCCAUCAUGCUUAAGUGGCAUUUAUUUAGUAUUUUUAUUAUACGAUACACAGAUCAACUACUUGUCCUGGAAUUUGUUAUUUGGAAUUUCCGAUUGGUUAUCGUUGUCGGGUGAAUAAGGGCACAUAGAACCGGGAUCUUCUGCUGGCCAUGGAUGUUCUAAAUGCACUUGUAACGGCCCUGGUAUCUGACACUCUCCUACAAUACAAGGGCUGCAGCUCUAGCUUGAAUUGCCUGGUCAAC